AAUCAUAAGAAAUAUGUACAUUUUAUUAGUAUUUUAACAAACAAAGAACUAAAACAGAACAACAUACUCAAAAACUCUUUAGUGAAAAUAUUUAUUUUGAAAUCAAGAACACUAUUUUAAGAAAUAAGAACAUUCAUUUUAAUUUAAAGGCGGACAAUAUUGGCUGAUCUCUGCUCAAUUUAGUAUUUAUCUUUAUUCUAAUUUCCCAACAUGAACUCGCAUAAAUAAAAAUCAAAUAGGGUGUGAGUGAAUAGUAGCACAUUGUAUGUGUUUGACUAAAUGUAUCUUUCUGUUAAAAAUGUUUGACAUAUCUUGCCCCACAAAGUAAAAUAUAUGAAAAAUGGAUUAUUACUACUGUUAUAAAAACUUUGAUUCAUUUAUUCUUAGGUUUUUUUUAUUUAAUAAUAAUAAUAAUAUAAUUGUUAUCUCUGGUGUAAUAAAACAGUAAGAUCAGCAUCAAAUUUGAUAAGGUUACUCUUAGACUUUCUGUUACUCUUAGUUAAAUGCAUAUUUUACAGUAUAUAAUGAUUUGGUAUGAUCUCUGAAUAAUUCUAAUUUUACAACAAUGCUUCAUAAUCCUCCUGUGGCAGAAAUUGGGAUUGUUCUUGUGAUUGAAGUUUCGUAAUGUAAAUAAAAAAAUUUUUGAAGUUAUAAAUUUAAACAGUGCCAACUUAUGCUGAAGAUAAUGACUACUAGAAAUUCAUGCAAUUUGCCCAAAAUUUUAAGGUAAGAGAAACACUGAAAGAAUAAAAAUAAAGUUGACCAAACGGUUGGAGAGUUAAAAGCAUUCAUGCAAUACAGAUGAAAUGAAUUUGAUCUAUAGGUAAACUUUGUAGGUGCCUAUGCUGAAUUUUAAUGCACAUUUCUAUUUACAGGUGACCCUUCAUCUCUAUCAGACAUAAAAGAUUUGGAAAAUAAUUGUGAUGAAAAUUCCAGCUGUGUUAGAGAUGAUCGUAUCAUAGUUAUGUAUGAUAUUUCUUCAUCUUCAAAAACAAAAUGCUUGGUGGAACCGAUAAAAGCUGAUAAUUUUGUAAAGCCUGUUGUUGUUCUUUCGAAGAUUUCUUCUGAUAUUGUAGAAAAGUAUAUUUGUUCAGAUGAUUCAUCUUCAGAAGAUGAAAAACGAGUAGCUUCAGUAACAAACCCGGUUGAGAAUUCAGAACAUGUUCUAAAGAGUGUUACUAGCUGCAAUUCUGGUGAUUGCAGUUCUCCAACAGAGAAAAACCCUUUGGUAAUAUCACUUGAUGACAGUCCCGACCAUCGAGAAAGUGAUAAAAGUCUUUUGUCUGGUGUAUCUUCACUAAAAGAUAUGAAACUUACACCGUUGGUAGUAAAUGUAGAAGACAGUCCUAAACAUGAUGGAAACAGUGAGAUUUUAUCCCCGGAUUGUUGUAUUGUAUCUCCAGUGGAAAAGAAACCUUCACCUGUGGUUAUAACUCUUGAAGAUCCUCCUAGUGACGCAUGCAAAUAUCUGACAGAAAAUGAAAUGAAUUCUACCUCAGAUUCUCUGACAUCUCCUACUGAUAAAAAACCUAUACUUUUGUCACCAAAUCUGAAAGAUUGUCCCUUACCUGUUACUGAGACUUCUAUGAUUACAAGCCAAAAUUUUUCUUCAUCCAUAAUAAAAAAGGAACCCACUGAGCCAUUGACAGAAAAUCAUGAGAGGAAGUCAAACCUUGUUGUAGAGAAUUGUAUUAGUUUAAAUUCAGAUUUUUCCAAUUCUGAAACAGUAAAACGACAUACAAUUUUGCCAAAAAGUUCUGAAAGCCCUGUUAUCCAGAAUAAUUCGAGCUCUGGUCAUUCCUCAUCUUCAGAAGACAAACAUGAAAAACUGGUAAAAUGCCUUAAAGGAUGGGCCAGCUCUAUUUUACAGAACAGUAAAUGUGUAAAUUCGGGUGUUUCUUUUUUAACUACAGAUAAAAAUCAAGUACUUUCGGUUCAAUCUCUUGAUGGGGUUUCAACAACUAGUAAGAAAUUAAAAGAAGUUACAAAUUGCAAUAAAAAUGUUAAUUCUGAAGUGUAUUCCCCAUCCUCUUCAUGUGAAAGCCGAGACAUGCCUUUAACUAGUGUAUUAGAAGGUGAUUCCAACUCCGCUGGUGAAAGCAGUACAAGUUCAAAUCCAGUUAAACCAGAACUAAUUGAUUUAACAUGACAUCCGUCAUUGAAAAGAUCGACUCAUCAUUUUUUGUAAAUAUUGUACAUUAUUUAAAAAGCUGUGAUAUUUAUUGAAUUUCCUAAUGCAUUUGUACUAUCUUGUGACAAAGCACAUUAUUGUAUAUUAAUAAAAACAUUAUAUACAAAACUGAA